AUGUUGCGAAAAAAAAAAAAAAAAAUCAAUAGUGGUCGAGGGUUUGUUAAUUCCAUUAUAAAUUCCCUACCAUUUGAACUACAUGUACCCGGCUAUCAAUUUUGUGGACCUGGUACUGAUUUAAAAACACGAUUGGCGAGAGGUGAUCAAGGAAUUAACAAGUUAGAUAGUGCAUGUAAAAAUCAUGAUAUUGCAUACUCAAAAUAUAAAGAUUUAAAUAACCGUCAUAAGGCCGAUUUAGAAUUAGCCGAUAAAGCGUGGAGUCGUGUUAAAUCAACGGACGCCGGAUUUGGAGAACGAGCUGCUGCUUGGGCUGUAACAAACGCCAUGAAAGCUAAAGUUAAAUUGGGGAUGGGUUAUGUUGAUCGGAGCCAGAAGAAGAAGAAGAAGCAGGUGAAAAAACAAAGAAAAAUCCCGUUUCGAGCGGCCGUGAAAAGUGCACGAGAUGCUUUAAAAAAAACAAAAGCCACCAACAUUAAUGAUGCAAUUAAAGUUGCUAUUACUGCUGCUAAAAAAGUAAUUAAACGAAAAAAUGUACGAACACCACGAAUCAUCCCAAUUCCAAAAGUUGGCGGUGCACUUCCAUUCUUACUUCCCCUAUUUGCUGGUCUCUCAGCUAUUGGUUCACUAGCCGGCGGUACUGCGGGCGUUGCUAAAGCCAUUACUGAUGCUAGUAAUGCUAAAAAACAGCUUGCUGAAAAACAACGUCAUAACAAGACAAUGAAGGAGAUUGCUUUGAAGAAUGGUAAUGGAUUAUUUUUGCGGCCCUACAAGACCGGCCUUGGUUUAUACAUGAAUCCAAAAAACUAA